AUGGUCAACUCCUGUUGUGGUUCCAGCUGUGGCUCCUGCUGCUGCAGGCCCACCUGCUGCCAGAGGCCAGGGCCCGCCGGCGCCCUCCCCUGCUGCCGCCCUUGCUGCUGUGGCUCCAGCUGCUGUGGCACCAGUUGCUGCCGCCCCUCCUGCUGUGGCUGUGGCUCCAGCGGUUGUGGCUCCUGUGGUUGUGGCUCUAGCGGCUGUAGCUCUUGUGGUUGUGGCUCCUGUGGUUGUGGCUCCAGCGGUUGUGGCCAGGAUAAUGGUUGUGGCUCCUGUGGUUGUGGCUCCUGUGGUUGUGGUUCCAACUGCUGUUGCCCCAGCUGCUGCCUGCGUCCAGUCUGUGGCAAAGUGUGCUGCCAUACCACUUGCUAUCGUCCAACCUGUGUCAUCUCCACCUGCCCUCGUCCCAUGUGCUGCGCCAUCCCUUGCUGCUGAGCCCUAGACCCACCUCCUCCUUCACUUUGCUUCCA